AGCUCGGCUUCCACCUUCAAUGCUGAUCUGAAUCCUACGGAGCCCGUGACUACCUAUUCCUGACCGACCGUUCUUUGAAUUGUCGUUGCGAACACUUUAACGGGUGUCAACUUCGUUGUUUAUCCGUCUGACUUCGACAAACGGACGACAUAUUGAUACAAAGGACCGCACCUUGUACCAGCAGCCUACAUUCCAUCUCCAUCCCCUUGGCUAUUGCUUGCCCCAAUAUGUCAGCUUACUACUAUGAGCGGAAGGACUAUGCGCCUAAGUCCAAUCUAGCAUCCAGUGUCAUCUCUAAGUCCACUGCACCACCUAGGGAGAGAAGAAUCACGUUUGCGACAGAAUGGUUCUGGUAUCCUGAAGGGGUCAAGACUGUGCGGGACAGAUUCAACGCGAUCAUGGCUGCCAAGGAGAUUAAUGUUUCCCAUGAAUGGGAUGAACCAACGAGAUCAUUCCGCCUACGCUGUCGCGCUCAGGAUACAACAGAAGUGUCAAAAUCAUUCUAUGGUGUCCUCUCUGCUAUUAUCAAGGAAGAGUUGAAGAAGGGCUACAAUGGACAUAGACCAUCGACUUAUCUGCCUGGAGAUGAUGAAGACAUUGCUGCAGCAGUACUUGAAGCUCUACAAGACACCGAAGAUGAAAUUCCUGAAGAUGAGAGGGAGGAGUUGAGGUUGGAUAUCACAGAAUCACUGAAUAGCCGAUUGAUUCGACGUCUGGCAUUAUACCAAAAGGACCUGCGCGAGAACGCCAACCAGAGCGCCGAAGCCAUUGCCUCACGACCUUCACCUGUCCCGGAACCAGAAUAUCCUGCCUUGAUCGAUCCAUACAGCUUUCGCUUUAAGUGGUCAGAGUACGAGGGGAAGCCGUUGAAGCUUGAAAAGGUUUUCUCAGACGACACUCUUCAAGAACUCAAGAAGCUCACACGAUGUGACUUCCACAAAGGCAUCAAGACUGGCAUCCUUUACAUUGGUGGCAAGACAGAACGGGAUCUAGAACUUGCGAAGCUCAAGCUUGAUAAUCUGAGAAAGAUUUAUAAAUCGAGACGACCUUAUGCUGGCCAUGUCUUCUACGCCGAAAGCCAUGAUAGUACUAGGUUCUUCCUCUGGCCUUUCGUUAAGGUGAAGAAGUUCUAUUUCGAGACAACCUUACUCGACAAUCUUCAUCUGAUGAUGAACGGUGGAUAUGCCAGACAGCCUACCGAGCUUCCACCAGAUUGGCAGAAGCUUCCUGAUGCCAUCACGAUCCGCUGCGCCCUCUGGGAUCAGAGCAAUCAUACUUUCGAACCAAUGAAGAAGGUGGACAUAUCAACGGUUUCUGUUGCUGGUACAAGCACGCCACUCACUACUUGGGGUUUUCUUUGGGUCUAUUCCCCAACAGGCAAUGUCAAUCCUCAACUGCGCUAUGCAAAUUUAACAACCAGCGAGGUUCCGACUCGCCCUUCAAGAGCCGCUGGGGCACCUUCCGGACCGCCAAUUGCCAAUGGAAUCACAAAGUCGACGUCUUCGAAUGCAAUUGAACGAGCACAGAUUGGAGAUCGUAUGAAGUCAACAGUUAGCCCAGGUCCAGAUCGACGUGUAGUAAGCAGCAAUGAGACGACCCUCCGGAUCGAGAAAUGGCAAGAUGAUGUCGUAGGCAAUAGUGUCAGACCCAUUGUUGCAGGUGGUAAUGGAGAGUGGACUCUGCAAGAUAUCCUUCAAGCUGGAAAGAGAGCUGAACUCGAUGCAAAGCCUGAGUGGGAUGAUUAUAAACAGAUCGAUGUUGAUCGGGUUCUACUCAACCGGAAGGAACUUCCCACUCAAGCCUCUUCCGCCCUGAAGCUCGGCGUUGCAACUAUGAAGAUGAAGCGCUCAACAACUGUUACAUCUGAAUCCACCUCAGCUGGGACCGGAAGCCGUCCACCAGCUAGCCAACAAGCUACUCCAGCUGUGCAAAUGCCGCGGUCUGUCUCGCAGCCGUUACCAAUUCAGCCUCAAUCUGCACGCGGACCUGAAGUAGUACAAUCUCCGCAGUCGGCAUUAUCGGAUAUCACAAACAAUCUUUUGCUUGAUAUGACAAUUCCAUCUAGCGAGAGCGGAAGCUUGACUAAUUCUGAAGCUACCCUACCAGCACGCUCGCAACCACAUCCCAUUCUAGAUGAUGAUGUGUCGAUGGUUGCUUACUCGAUCCUACAGCCAGCAAGACCUGGAGAGGUUUGGAAUGGUCCAAUCAACUCGAUGUCAAUGUCAAUGCAGCCAAUGGAACCAAGUGAACCAGAGCCCCAUGUUGAGGAAGAACUUAUUUGCUUGACACCACCAGAAUCAGAAGCCUUUAUGGAAUUCUCGCCAGGUCCUUCGCCCGCUGUCUCGCCGAACCGGGGAGUUGUGACAGGUGAAGUGCCCGUCAUUGACAAGAUACAAGAAGAAGAUGAAGUUGCCACAAGAACUUUCCACAAGACUAUGAACCAGAAGGCCGGCAGAGGAGGUCGACAAAAGCAGGCCACACCCUUGAAGAAGCGUGCCGCAAGAUUGCCUCUUCCCAGCCCUCCUCGACCCAAGGCUAAAGCUCCCAUCGAUCUGGAGGAUCCCGUACCUCAAUUUGUGUACGAUAUCACAAAGAGUUUCUCCGAGCUUGUGGACGCCGUUCGGUUGUUCCGAGGACGUCUCGUACUUCAAGUCGAGUUUGGUCGCAUUUUGUUGAGAAACAUGGGUUCUAUGGUUACAAAGAUGCCUGGAGAAAAGCUAUACAGGGCUCAGACCUUGCACAAUCAUUUCCAAACCUCGGAAGUCGGCAAGGUAUUGUUCACGAACGUUCUCUCGAUGCUCCCUCGGGAUAUGCAAUAUCUUGUAGAGAUCAAAGACAAGAAGGGAAAGUGCCUAUGGAAGCCAAAUCCAAUCAACUGGGGUGUUCUAUACGAAUUUCACUAUCGAGAUAUGAAGGCUCUCGACUCUCCCUUCUUUCGCGUUGAGAUUAAUGGUGAAACCUUCAAGAGUCAACUUCUCGUCAAACACGAUCUUGGUCAUACUUACGUACACGGUACCCUUCGCCACUGGGACUGCCGUAUUGCUGCUCUCGGUUUCGCAACUCCUCCAGCUCCCAAUCAGAAGCAUCAAGAUGUUCAUACGGCUAUCAAAAAGUCUCUCUACAUUCCUGGCCAGUCAAAGACGCCUCAACUCAUGUGGGAGAUGGAUAGUUCCCUGAUUGAGCAAUUUCAACUAGUUGAAGUCAUCGUCAAGCGAGUAACGAAGUAUGGUAGUGAGGAUGGCAAAUCGGUCUUGAAUGUCAUUGAAGUGCAAUCACUGGAUGUUCAGUGUCACGAAGUUCCCGCCAAAUCGUCUCUCCUUUUCGAUGCCGCACCUGGACCUGAAAACGAGCCACCCGUCAAGCGAUUGCGUUAUUGGUGGGAGGCCAGCAUAUCAUCGCCUAGAGGAGACAAGAUUCUUGAGGAAAAUCAGAGCUUAGAGUUAGGAGACGAACCUUCGUGGUCGGCAAAAGACAUGGAAGAGUCAGAUGUUGCAUCAUCCUUAUAUGCUCCAGCUUGCGAGAUGCUUAGGCAGAUGGAUGGAGUGGGAUUUGAGAACCGCAAUGGCAUGCCGCCUCGAUCCGUCAUGGAGCAGAGCAAAUUUGUCCCGAAAGGGGGCCCACAAGAUGAGAUCGGUUUCUGGUAAACAUCACCUUGUGGCCACCUCUGGGAACAUGUCUGGGAACUGCGAUGUGCAACAAAAACUCAUGAGAUCUUCUUCCUGGUCGAAGUC